GGCAUGACGUCAGCAGGGCGCCGCGUCUGUGCUCUGUUGUAGAAGAAAGCUGCGCGCGCGCCGAGUUUAAACCAGUUGCGACCCAGUGGUGUGGAUGUGACUUUGGUACUUUUAUAUCGAACAACCAAAUAAAGUACAACGGGAAAUUUGAAGCCGGUGGUAUCACAUGGAAGAAUUCAAAAUAUUGAAUUUCGCGUGUUGUUAAGGGUGUCAGAAUCAGAGCUUAGCAGCAGAGUAGUGCUGGGAUUCAUUGGGCCAGACACCACUGGAUUCCCACCACAGGGGUGAGUGGGUGCCAACAGGGAUUCCAGGUUGGCGUGAAACAAGACGCAGCUGGUGCCAGGGUUGUGUGAGAUGAGCUCCACACUGCCUGGGCACGAUGUCGAGGCUGAGACAGGCGCUGAGUGGGAAGAUGGAUUCAGCUGGAGAUCUUCAUCAGGGUGUAUCCAAUGGCACUAAUACAUUAAACAUACAUGUUGAGGUUCAUAUGAAAUCUUCCAGUACAGCAAAGAAGGAGACAGUGAAGCUGCACGUCUUAGACUUGCUGAAGAGACACCGGAUGGUGUUUGGAGAUUUUAAAUGGACCGAAUUUGAUGACGAGUUUCUGGUCAACAACGUUGAAUCAGUCGCCAUUGUUGAUGCUGACUUUAUACAACCCGUUGACCUCAGCAACAGCUGUCUUUCCAUCCAUGUUUUCACGCUGAAUUAUGAGGGACCCAUGACGGAGAACCUUGACGAAGAAGACAACCUCGUCGCAGCCAAUCAGUGGCUUUUGCCUGCUGAGGAAUUUCAUGGAAUCUGGGAAAGUCUGAUCUAUGAGAAUGGAAUUAAAUCACAACUCCUUGACUAUGUUUCGACCACCAUCUUUUUCUCGGACAAAAAUGUGGACAGCAACCUGAUAGCCUGGAACAGGGUUGUGUUGCUUCAUGGUCCCCCAGGAACCGGGAAGACCUCUUUGUGUAAGGCUUUGGCUCAAAAGCUUUCAAUCAGACUCUCGAACAGGUACAAAUAUGGACAGUUUGUUGAGAUAAACAGCCAUAGUUUGUUCUCCAAAUGGUUUUCCGAGAGCGGAAAGCUUGUUGCCAAGAUGUUCCAAGCGAUUCAGCAGCUGAUAAAUGACCCUGAUGCUCUUGUCUUUGUUCUCAUUGAUGAGGUUGAAAGCCUCACCGCGGCUCGCAGUGCCUCGCAGGCCGGCACCGAACCAUCGGACGCCAUUCGUGUGGUGAACUCUGUUCUGACCCAGCUCGACCAGAUUAAACGGUAUCCAAAUGUUGUAAUACUGGCAACAUCCAAUGUAACUGAGAAAAUAGACCUGGCUUUUGUGGACAGAGCAGAUAUAAAGCAAUAUAUUGGUCCACCUUCUCCAGAAGCCAUUUUCAACAUCUACCUCUCCUGUCUAGAUGAACUGAUGAGGUGCCAAAUAAUUUGCCCCAAGGAACAGCUUCUUACCUAUCGAGAACUUAAAAUGCUUGGCUUCUUGGAGAACAGUGUGUCACAACUCAGUAUGUUCCUCAGACGAAUUGCAUUAAAGAGUAAAGGCCUGAGUGGAAGAGUGCUGCGAAAAUUACCGUUUUUGGCUCAUGCACUGUAUGUUAAGACGCCAACCGUCACGUUGGAGCGGUUUCUCGAAGCUCUGGCUCUGGCAGUAGACAAACAGUUUGAGGAGAGAACCAAACUGACAAACAGUGUAUGAGAAACACCAUCCGCCUUCAUGUCCAGUUUUGUGCAAUUCAAUUAAGGGAAAAAGAUUUAUAUGUUCUUUCAUUUGAUGAUGUUUUUGUUUUGUCCUGUACAUAACCUUUUUAACAUUGUUCUGGAAUGUACAAAUCCUAUAGCACCAGCUGUCUCUUUCCUUUGUCUCUGUAUUCUGUAGUUUAUUCUGUAAUUUGAAUCUACAAAGUAGGUCUCUAUGCAUUUUUAUGUUUUUCAGUUAUUGUUUAAGGAUGUUUGAAACCAUGCUUUGUUUUCAUCAUCAGAUAAUACUGAAACCCACUUCACGUUAUUCAGCAUACUUUUCAGUUUUUGGAAAACCUGCAGUGUAUGAUCUUUUAAUAUAUGUGAAAAACCCUUUGUAUGGAGAUUGGUGUGCAAAGGCCUAUUUAUUAUUGACCAGGACUUUGGUGCAUUUGCAUUAAUUAUCUUUGGCUAUUAUAGUUUUUAAUCUGCAUUCAAUGAAAUGUAUAUGGCCUACAUGGCUGUCUUUUAAAGAACAGAUUAGCUCUGCAGCUCUGAUGACAAGCUCUUGUCUUUGAGGGAAGUUCAUUGCUCUGGUUUUUUAUUUUGCUUGAGCUACCAGCUGAUUCAUUUAUCCGAAAUUAAAUUAAGCACUAUUUCCAUGUUUUAACCAGAAAAGGGAUGACGGGAGACCUAUGAAAAGUAUGGAAAUUCACCCCCUCUGAAAUUAGUUAUUAGGACAUUAAAAAAGCCUUAACCAAUUUAAAGAAUUACUAUUCAAGGCUGCUAUGAAGCUUUUCUUUAAUUUCCAGAAUGAAACAUGCAGGAAUCCCUCAUCAGAUAUAAUACUUAAAUAGUCCUGGAAACACCUGUAAAGUGCUAAACACCAGUAUAGUGUCAUCUCCUCUGGGUCAGGACUGCUCCUUUCUUUCGUGGCAGCCAAGAGCUUUUUCACUCUGGAGAAGUUUCUUCAGCUGUUGACGUAAGAAAUGUCUUAAGUUAUUGAGCUACUGUGGAGUUAUGAGGGAUCUGGACUCACAAUUGGAAGGUUGUGGGUUUGAAUCUUGUGUGUGAAACUGCUGUUGGACGCUUCACCAAGGUACUUCACUCACAAGCCACUGCAACGGUAUUAAAAAGAUAAAUAACCACAGACUUUGGGAAUGCCCUGUAAGUGGCAUCAUUCACAUUUUCACUGUGCAAAUACACCACAGAACAAUAAGCAAUAGAAACGUCAGUGUUAAGAGAGCUGGAUUGUUCUGUAAUGUGCUAGCUCUGACAAUAAAACUAAUGUUAAUAAAGCA